AUGGCGUUGGAAAAAAGGGAGGAGACGAGCACCUUCUUCUCCCGCGACGGUGGGCUGACCUGGGUCGAAGCCCACAAGGGUGCCUUCAUCUACGAGUUCGGUGACCACGGUGGACUCAUAGUGAUGGCCGAUGAUCUGAAGAAGACCGGAGAGGUGAUCUUCACCUGGAACGAAGGCGAAUCUUGGUACGACUUCAAGGUCACCAACACUCCCUUCGAGGUGGAUAACAUCAUCACUGAGCCCAACCUGACCUCUACCACCUUCGUGAUGUUCGGCACUCGCGAGGAUGGAAGUGGUGUGGUGUACUACCUGAAGUUUGAUUCGUUAGAGUUCCCUGCCUGCAAGGGGAGUAGCUUUGCCGACUCCGUGUCUUCAGAUUAUGAGACUUGGACGGCGUCGGAUGGUCGGGGAGAAGGUCUCUGCAUGUUAGGGCAGCAGAUCACCUACACCCGCCGGAAACGGACCUCGCAGUGCUGGAAUGGUGAAGCCUUUGAACGUCCCACCGUGAAGAAGACCUGCGCCUGUACAGAGGCCGACUUCGCCUGCGACGUGGGCUUCGUCCGCCAGGUGGGCUCCACGGAGUGCGUCUUCGGCGGCGCCGAGAUGAUGCCGGAGAGGCCGGCCCUUCGGUGA